UUUUCCAACAUACGUCUGUAUGUUUUACUUUAUUUACGAAAACUGUGACUAAUAUUUUAAACAAUGUCUUCGAUAAAGACUGGCGAAUUACUAAACUUUCAAGAUUAUUCGCCCGAGCACAAUGAUAGGAGUGCACGUUUAGAAGUGGAGGCAGUGCAAUCGCAUCAAUACACUAGCUCGAUGUCGAAUCCAAAUUACACGUAUGAUGAACCUAAACUAAACAAUCUAAACAAUGAAGAACCUGAAACACUGCCUCAAACAAAUCACAACUUCUGGACCAUAGAGUAUUACCAGAAAUACUUUGACGUCCACACCAAUGAGGUGGUGGAGCGGAUCAUAUCAUCGGUGGUGCCUCAGAAGGUGUCCCGCAACUACUUUGAUGAGAGGAUCAAGGGAAAACCUGACUUGUAUGGACCAAUAUGGAUAUCUGUUACUUUGAUCUUCACAAUAGCAGUAAGCGGCAACUUAGCGAGCUACCUACAAUCCGCCAACAAGGCUGUUCACUGGCGCUACGACUUCCACCUUGUGUCGUACGCGGCCACAGCCAUCUUCUGCUACGUAUGGCUGGUGCCUAUUGCAUUAUGGGCUGCUCUCAAGUGGACCACAGUGUCAGACGGGCAGGAUGAAAUCGAGACUCAGACCUCAACAACACCAACAAUGAUGUCCCUUUUCUGUCUGUACGGCUACUCUCUCUCCAUCUACAUACCCGUGGCCAUCCUGUGGACCAUCCAAGUCUCCUGGCUGCAAUGGCUCUUCGUGCUCAUGGCGGCUUUAGUCUCCGGAGCAGUACUCAUAUUCUGGCUAAUGCCCGCGCUGAAGAAAUCUAAGUACUAUCUCCUUCUUAUAGGGUCGAUUAUUGGUUUUCAUUUUUUGUUAGCGGCUGGUUUUAUGCUGUAUUUCUUUCAUGUGCCGAACGUGCAUGUUUUGCCGACGGUCGCGGCGUCGACGGUUGCGCCGUGAUUUUGUGUGAUAUUA